AUGAUCUUCUCAACUACUAUCGCUAGACCACUACAGUUGGUCACUCGCACGCUCCAAUGGUCCAGCGCUGUGAUUGUCAUGGGCUUGACCUCCUACUUUAUCAAGCAGGGACCUAAAGGCCAGCACCUCAUCUACCAGGAAGUCAUCGCGGUCCUCUCCGUCGUCUUCUUCAUUCCAGCCUUCAUCUCUCCCUUCUUACCAUCUGUACUGAGCAAGUUCGUGCUGCUCAUCGACGUCGUUUUCUCCUAUCUCUGGUUAACUGCCUUCAUCUUCGCUGCUCAAGACUACAACGAGCACUCGUGCUACUUCAAUGCCCCACCCGGUGUAACCUGCAGCCGCAAGAAGGCCAACGAGGCCUUCAUCUUCCUCGCCUUCAUCUUCACCUUCUUCGGCAUGUUCAUCGAAGUCGCCGGCCUCUGGGCAUAUCGCAAAGAAAACGCAGCCGCCGCCCCAGUCCACGAGAAAAUCGAGCCUGGUGCACGGCCGCCUUUGGAUGCGCCAGUUGAGCAGAGCGUUCCGGCGGGAACUGUUUAA